GCGCCCUCUAUCGGCAGUAAAAACACGGAAGUGAUGAGUGGCAGUGGGAGUUACCCGGAUGUAGGGACAUAUUAAACACAGCAGACAGAACAAACAGCAUCACAGUCUCUCACUUUGCUCUACAAACAUGGCUGAUCAACUAACAGAGGAACAAAUUGCAGAGUUUAAGGAGGCGUUCUCACUGUUCGAUAAGGAUGGAGACGGCACCAUCACCACUAAAGAGCUGGGCACAGUGAUGCGCUCUCUGGGACAAAACCCCACAGAGGCAGAGCUGCAGGACAUGAUCAAUGAAGUCGAUGCUGAUGGUAACGGAACGAUUGACUUCCCAGAGUUCUUGACCAUGAUGGCCAGAAAGAUGAAGGACACGGACAGUGAGGAGGAGAUCAGAGAGGCUUUCCGGGUCUUCGAUAAGGAUGGAAACGGCUACAUCAGCGCCGCAGAACUGCGCCAUGUCAUGACGAACCUCGGCGAGAAGCUCACAGAUGAGGAAGUGGACGAGAUGAUCAGAGAAGCCGACAUAGAUGGAGACGGUCAGGUGAACUACGAAGAAUUUGUACAGAUGAUGACUGCAAAGUGAAACUUCCUGCCAUCUUAGAAGAAAAGAAAUGUUUUAUUUACCUCUUCUGGGAAAAAACAAUCUAAAAUGAUUGAGAAUUGUUUCUGUACAGAGAUCGAAUGUUGAAAUUAAAAUUCUGUCCACAAUCAAAAAUCCAAA